UGACAGCGGAGCUAGUUGAGCAGACGCCGCCGCGGGGCUGGGACAGUCCCGGAGGCGCGGCGUGAUCCAGUGACAAACGAUGGCGGGCGAGGAGGACCGCGGAGACGGGGACCCGGUAUCAGUGGUGACCGUGCGGGUGCAGUACUUGGAGGACACCGACCCCUUCGCAUGUGCCAACUUCCCGGAGCCGCGCCGGGCCCCCACCUGCAGCCUGGACGGGGCGCUGCCCCUGGGUGCGCAGAUACCCGCACUGCACCGCCUGCUGGCGGCUCCACUGAAGCUGGAGGACUGUGCCCUCCAAGUGUCUCCCUCUGGAUACUACCUGGACCCCGAGUUGUCUCUGGAAGAGCAGCGGGAGAUGCUGGAGAGCUUCUAUGAAGAGAUCAGCAAAGGGCGGAAGCCUACACUCAUCCUGCGUACUCAACUCUCUGUGAGGGUCAAUGCCAUCUUGGAAAAGUUGUAUGGCUCCAGUGGCCCUGAGCUGCGUCGCUCCCUCUUCUCACUAAAGCAGAUCUUCCAGGAGGACAAGGACCUGGUGCCAGAAUUUGUGCACUCAGAGGGGCUGAGCUGCCUGAUCCGUGUGGGUGCUGCUGCCGACCACAACUACCAGAGCUACAUCCUCCGAGCACUAGGCCAGCUGAUGCUGUUUGUGGAUGGGAUGCUGGGGGUGGUGGCCCACAGUGAGACUGUGCAGUGGCUGUACACACUGUGUGCCAGCGUGUCCCGCCUGGUGGUGAAAACAGCCCUGAAGCUGCUGCUGGUAUUUGUGGAGUACUCGGAGAGCAAUGCGCCGCUGCUUAUCCGUGCCGUCAACUCUGUGGCCAGCUCCACAGGCUCUCUUCCUUGGGCCAAUCUGGUGUCCAUCCUGGAGGAGAAGAAUGGCGCUGACCCCGAGUUGUUGGUGUACACAGUCACCCUCAUCAACAAGACACUGGCAGCGCUUCCAGACCAGGACUCCUUCUAUGAUGUGACAGAUGCACUGGAGCAGCAGGGCAUGGAAGCUCUGGUCCAGCGCCACUUGGGCGCAUCGGGGACUGAUUUUGACCUGCGCACACAGCUUGUGCUCUAUGAGAAUGCCCUGCGGUUGGAGGAUGGAGACAUUGAGGAAGCCGCUGCAGGCGGGCGGCGGGAACGCAGAAAGCCCUCUUCGGAGGAGGGCAAGAGGAGCCGCCGGUCUCUAGAAGGCGGGGGCUGCCCUGUGCGCCCCUCGGAGCCUGGCCCUGCAGGCCCCGCAACUGGCCGCACAGGCCCUGCCUCACCUCGGACAGGCCCCUCAAGCCCAGGGGACCCCACCUCGAGCCCCGGGGACCCCUCCUCGGCAGUAAUCUCCACCUACUCUGCUGGCCCUGCCCUGUCGACCAGCCUGGCCCCUAAACCUGCGGGCCCAGCUUCUGGCCUCUGUACCUCGGUGAACCUCUUUCCUGCCAUCUCUGUGGGGCCCUCAGCCGACAGCUCCAGUGAGAGGAGCAUCUACAAACUUCACCAAACUGCUCCUGUUUGGGCCCCAGAGAGCCCACCUGUCCCUCAGUCCCCUACUGAGCAGGCCAGGCUGGAAGCCCGGUUCCUGGAGAAUGUGGCAGCGGCAGAAACAGAGAAGCAGGCUGCACUGGCCCAGGGCCGGGCAGAGACACUGGCUGGGGCCAUGGCCGAUGAGGCCGAUGGACACCCAGAUACCCGGGAACUAUGGGGCUCCCCAGAACCAGGCCCUGCACCCAGAACACCCCAGAGCCCUGUCCCCCGAGGUCUGCUCCGGGCCCAGCGGAGCCUUGAGCCAGAGCCCAAGGUGCCACUGGCCCCACCAAGCCCCAAGGCUGAGCCCAUUCAGGAGUUUCCUACCCGUGUACCCAAGCUCUGCAUUGGAGACCUGGACUUCUCAGAUCUGGGGGAGGAGGAAGACGAGGACAUGCUGAAUGUGGAGGCUGUGGAGGCUGUGAAAGGGGUCCCACCCCCACCACCCCCACUGCCUGCGCUCUCUGGAGGCCCCCCGCCUCCUCCACCCCCACCUCCCCCACCCAUCAAAGGCUCACUCUCACCACCUCCACCUGCGGCCGCCCCACUUCCUCCCUCAGCACCUGAUGGUCUAGCCCUCCCCAGCAAGAGGAAGACUGUAAAACUCUUCUGGCGGGAGCUAAAGCUGGCUGGGGGCCACGGAGGCUCUGGGAGCCGUUUUGGGCCUUGCCCCACCCUGUGGGCCUCGCUGGAACCUGUCUCAGUGGACACAGCCAGGCUGGAACACCUGUUUGAGUCCCGUGCCAAGGACGUGCUGCCUUCCAAGAAAGCUGGUGAGGGCCGCCGGACAAUGACCACAGUGCUGGACCCCAAGCGCAGCAACGCCAUCAACAUUGGCCUAACCACCCUGCCACCUGUGCAUGUCAUUAAGGCUGCCCUGCUCAACUUUGAUGAGUUUGCUGUCAGCAAGGAUGGCAUUGAGAAACUGCUGACUAUGAUGCCCACGGAGGAGGAACGGCAGAAGAUCGAGGAGGCCCAGCUAGCCAAUCCCGACGUACCCCUGGGCCCAGCUGAGAACUUCCUGAUGACCCUUGCCUCCAUUGGGGGCCUGGCCGCCCGCCUACAACUCUGGGCCUUCAAGCUGGACUACGACAGCAUGGAGCGGGAAAUCGCAGAGCCACUAUUUGACCUGAAAGUGGGCAUGGCACAGCUGGUACAAAAUGCCACCUUCCGCUGCAUCCUGGCCACUCUCCUGGCUGUGGGCAACUUCCUCAACGGUUCCCAGAGCAGCGGCUUCGAGUUGAGCUACCUGGAGAAGGUGUCAGAGGUGAAGGACACAGUGCGCCGGCAGUCAUUGCUGCACCAUCUCUGCUCCUUGGUGCUCCAGACCCGGCCUGAUUCCUCGGACCUCUACUCAGAAAUCCCUGCCCUGACCCGCUGUGCCAAGGUGGACUUCGAGCAGCUGACUGAGAACUUGGGGCAGCUGGAGCGUCGGAGCCGGGCAACUGAGGAGAGCCUACGGAGCUUGGCCAAGCAUGAGCUGUCCCCAGCCCUGCGUGCCCGCCUCACCCACUUCUUGGCCCAGUGUGGCCGCCGUGUUGCCAUGCUGCGGGUAGUACACCGCCGUGUCUGCAACAGGUUCCACGCCUUCCUGUUGUACCUGGGCUACACGGCACCCGCGGCCCGGGAAGUGCGCAUCAUGCAGUUCUGCCACACGCUGCGCGAGUUUGCCCUGGAGUACCGCACGUGCCGGGAGCGGGUGCUGCAGCAGCAGCAGAAGCGUGCCACCUACCGGGAGCGCAACAAGACCCGGGGCCGCAUGAUCACGGAGACAGAGAAGUUCUCAGGGGUGGCUGGGGAAGCCCCCAAUCACCCAUCUGUCCCAGUGGCUGUGGGCAGUGGGCCAGGGCGGGGUGAUGCCGACAGUCACGCCAGCAUGAAGAGUCUGCUGACCAGCAAGCCGGAGGACACCACACAUGGCCGCCGCAGCAGAGGCAUGGUCCAGAGCAGCUCCCCAGUCACGCCGACAGCAACAGGGCCCUCUACUGCACCCCCAGAAGAACCCCCAGGCUCCAAUUUACCCAGUGACACUUCCGAUGAGAUCAUGGAUUUGCUGGUGCAGUCAGUGACCAAGAGCAGUCCUCGUGCCUUAGCUGCUCGGGAGCGCAAACGUUCCCGGGGCAACCGCAAGUCUUUGAGACGGACACUGAAGAGCGGGCUCGGAGAGGACCUGGUGCAGGCCCUGGGACUGAGCAAGGGUCCUGGCCUGGAGGUGUGAAGGCCCUGCCUCUGGACACCUACCUACUGGGGCCCCAGCCUGCAGUGCAAGAGACUAGAGAGUGAGGAGGGAUCGGCAGAAUUCUGGGCCUCUUUCCAACCCCAGGGCCACUCUGUGCCCAGUGGACAAUGCCUUGAGCAGUAUUAGCUAUGCGUGCCUGUGUGCAAGUGUGUGUGUGUGUGUGUGUGUGUGUGUGUACUUGUACACGUACUUGUAUAAGCUCCCUGAAUACAUGGAGUAUAAUAAACUUUUCAUAGUCAA